CUCACUCUCAUUUCCCGCCGCCUCCACGUUUCGCAGUCAGCGUGGGGUUUAUAUUGUAUCCCUCUGCUUGAUAACAUCACUAUCAUAAAGUUGUAUGUGAAUCAAACGCUUAAAUAAAACCGCAAUAUAAUUUAGGGCUGCCUUUCUCUUUAAUUCCGCAGGAGACUUUAUUGCGGAGCCCCCACACAUGUUGGAGGGCGGGUCACGCUGGCGCAGCAGUAACGCAGUGAGUUGCCAAAAAUCAGCACAACCUUCAUUACAGUAACCUUUCGUGAGUCGGUUUUAUUGGCGUUAAGAGUCCUUUAUCUUCCGCAUUGGUGGUUUAACGAAGAGGAAAAUGCAGAGAUUUGGUGGUGGCGUGACCGCGCUCACUGCAACUUCAAGCGGCGGAUAGGCGCAAGGGCGCGGGUAGUGCAUAGUUAUUCAGUGCGCAAGUGUCACUGCGCGGAUAAUCCCAAACAACUGCGUGUCCGACCGCAGGGAUGCCUCUGAUCAGCCUGGACGACGAUGAUCAGAGAUGGAUCCCGACGCACGUCAACGUGACCGUCCUGCGCGCGAGGGGUCUGCGGACGAAGGGCAAGCAAGGCAGUCGAUACGUUUACACUAUCACCCAGGUGGGUAAGGAGAAGUACAACACCGGCCUGGUGGAGAAGGCGGAGGAGCCGCAGUGGAACGAGGAGAGCUCGUUCGAGAUGCCGCCCGGUCUGCUGGAGGCUGGAGGGACGAGCGCGUACCCGCCCGGGAGCAGCAACCUGGUGUUCACCGUCAUGCAUCGAGUGCUCAUCGGUCUGGACGUGUUUCUCGGUCAGACUAUUGUCCCGUUGGACAAAGUUUUCCAGGAGGGAAUGUGUCCCAGAAACGAGUGGCUUAAGCUACAUUCCAAGGUCGGUCGAAAAGAAAAAGAGCGAGGAGAGCUGCAGGUGACCGUUCAGUUCACUCGCAACAACAUGACUGCUAGCAUGUACGAUCUCACCGUAAAGGAAAAGCCUCGUUCAGCUUUCGGAAAGCUCAAGGACCGUGUCACAGGGAAAAAGAGAGGGGACGUCGAAUCCUCCUCUGCCAUUUUACCUGGCCGCUACGCUGCUCUUUCUGGGUCCGUGGGUCCACCCUUUGCGGGAGAUGGUGGACCGGAUGAGCCGGCUGAAGAGGAGGGGUUUGAUGAACACAGGAGCAAGAUGAAAGAUUUCUUCCUGAAGGGGAAACUGCGUAAGAAUUCUGACACACGCUCUUGUUCGUCCUUGGCAUCGGACAGUAGCAUGGCUUCAUCCGCCGGGGAUCCAUUUGUUCCGAAAGAGCUGUCCAAAACUCCCAUAUACAGCUGUAGAGUAAUGGAGCCCUUCCGCGUGGAUGGCGAAGGAGGGAUAAAAGUGAUGACACACAAGCGUGCACACAGCGAUGAAGCCAGUAAGAUCACCGGUGUUCCCCGGCCCAGUCACGCAGUGGAAACCCUAAAAGGUCAGAGCGCGGCGCUCUCCCAAUCCACCAUCUGCAUCAACGGCAGCCAUAUCUACUCAUUCGAGCCUGUAAGCCCCAAAAGCCCAAGCUCCAUCCCAGCCAAGCGUUCGCUGUUGGAGAAAUGCGCACCCCUUUCUCGUUCUCUCCAGAACCUCACCCGACGCGGCGAGGAUCCGCAGAAGAGCGAUGGAAGACGCUGGUCGAUUGAAAAGAGCAGGAAGGAAGACGGCGAGGCAGAUGGAUCUAUAAGUCAGACCACGUCAGAGGGGAAGCCAGCGCAGGCCGCCGGCCCUCCGACGGCGUCUUCUGGGGUCAUGGAAGUGGUGGACAAAGGGAGAAAACUGAGGAAGACUUUUUUUUCUAGUGGGAGGAGUGAGUCUUUCCCAGCCAAGCCAGAGCAGAGCCAGGUUACUGUUCCGUUUGAAGGCAGACGUAGGGGAUGGUUUGGCUCCGGUGACUCGCACAACAAGCCAAGGCUGGGAGUUUCUCCUAAGGUAGAGAGCAGCUCAGACACAAACCCUUCUCCCCCCCUCUCUAAACCCCCCAGUCAGCCCCCAUGCACUCUCCCUAUCGCUUGCACUACCGGGUCAAUGUCUACCCCUAGUGGCGAUCACUCCAACCCAUUCACCUGCUCAUCCCCGACUCCACCUUCCAUCUCCCCCUCCAACCCUUUCCUCACCCGACUGCAGCAGAAUCCAUUUUUCGAGGAUCUUAUUGCUGAAGAAGCACUGAAGUCUCCUGAUUACUGUUCUCCCAAUUCUCACCCAGCCCUUCCCAGCCCCCUUCGUAACAAAAUGCCUGCGAUAAAGCGAGAGAGACCUAGGGGUAUGGCCAGGCAGAGGUCUCUUCCGACCAUUAUGUCUGAAACACCAGACACGUCGGGUAACUCGAACGCUAAUCUAAACUAUUCUCAGUCUGAGAGGGCCGGGCAAGAUGAUGACUUUGAGGCGUUCGCCACCAGCCGCUUGAAAUCACCAACGGGAACCCCAACUAGACCUCCAUCAGCAUCAUGUGUUCCAGAUGUGAACCAGAUGAUGUAUGUCAAUAAUCGAUUGAGAGUUGAUGAAGUUGAAAUGGAUGUUCCAAAGCCAUGGGAUCUCCCUCCUUUACCGCCUCGUAGACCCGUGAGGAACCAGGUCACAGGCAGGGAGAGAUUCUCCGACAGCUGGUUAGAUCGAGCACAGGAGUUGGCGGUGCAGAAAGAGGCCGGCUUCCUCUCUCAGACUGACUUUGCUUCUCUGCAGCAUGUGAGAGAAGGAGAUAUAAAGAGGAACUCUCAAAUUUUAUGUUUAAAUAAAGAGUUUAAGACAGACCCCAUUUCCUCACUUGAGCGUGACAGGACGCAUCCUUCAUUGGAAACGGAGUUGCGUAGCGGCUUGCUUGAAUUUAAGGAAGAUAUAAUCGUGCCAGACAGAGGCCCUCCUCCUAAUUUAGGUCUUACGUCUGAUUUGACUUCAAACAACGUUCCCCACAGUCCUCCCAAUGGUUUAGGUGAGGAUACACUGCAUUCCCAUCAUUCAGAACCAGAAACGCUGUGUUUCCCAUCUGACUUUGACUCAACAGUGACCGAAUCCCUUUGCAGUUCCCCUCGGACCCAACCAAAACACGACUCGGAAUCGUCCUGUGAAAUUAAUCCAAAGCAGAAAGGCGAGCAAAAACAAACUUCUAAAACUACAAAUGACAUUUGUUUGCUUGUCCUCCCCCAUAGAGAUUCAAACAACAACACAGAUAGCACUACACAGUUUGCUUUUAUUGAUUCAGGAAGUUCUGCGUCUGAACCGCCGUUUGAAAUGAACAAAGACAUUAAGCCUUCAAAAGAGUCAAAUGAGUAUUGCAUUUUAAACUCUUCUGGUAACGAAAUGUCACCACCUAGAUGGUCUCCGGGGUCGCCUAAGGAUUUAUUGCGCAGAAUAACAUCAGAGCUAGAGAUGUUUUCACCCAAGAAGACGUGUAUCACCGACACAUCGCAUAUUAAUGACUCGCAGAAUUGUAACCAUUUGGAUCAUUUGUCACUUUUUCAGAGAUCACGUGUAGAACAAGAAGUUAAAUCGUGCGAAUGCACGGCUUCAAAUGUAAACUGCGAGUCUCGUGAGGUUGGCGCUCUCCAAAACAAAGACAUCACUGUGACCACACAAACACGCUUGGCACAUGCCGCCGAUGACAUUGUGACUCAGAUGGGAGAACGUGGGGAAGCAGAAAACAAUGAUGUCGUACACACUACACAUGAUGAUGUAGACAUGCUUAAACAGACUUGUCCUUCAGCAGAAUCUGAGGAUGAUAACCAAACCUCGAAGGCCAGUUUAAGCGAGGACUUCAGUUUGACUCGUGAUGAACGAAUCAGCUUCGAGGACCUGCAUGCAAAAGUAGCUCCAAGAGGCUCAAGAAGCCUGUAUAAAACCGAUGUGAAGUCAGCCCGCAUCAGACCACGUUCCACCACAAGCUCACCCAAAACCAUCAUGGAUGCUGAAUCUCCAAAUCCUGUAUCAGAUCUCAUUCUGCAUGAUGCCUCUCCCUCACCCUUCCCAUUAGCUUGUACCAAUGCCUGUCUCCAUCCUCACCCUCCCCUUCCUGUGAACCCCCCGAAUGAGAUGCCUAGCAUGGGUUCCACUUCCUCCACCAAAUCCCAGCCCCAGGUUGAUGCACAGCUCCCCCUCUCACCUGAGGAGACACAGCCAGCCAGCGUCGUCCUGCCCCUUGAGGAGAGCAGCCCUCACCCAGUGAAGCCUUUGACCAACACUGUGCAUGGAGAGAAGAAAUCAGAGAGCCGCUCGGUGCUGGAGAAACUCAAGUCCACCAUCAACCCAGGACGAUCUGUGCCAAUGACACCUACGGAGGAGGAGAAAAAUCAGUUGGCUCUGACGGAGGCUCGUGCGCAGUACCAGAACAUGACCAACAUGGAGUUGAUAGCUCUGCUGCUUCAGCAGGAAAUUGACAUGAAAAAGCAGCGUGCUGAAACCGAGGUGCAGGUGGCCCUGCUGGAGAAGCGUGAGGCUGAAUUGAAGAAGAUGAAGGCUCAGGUCAGAGACCUGGAGGACUAUAUUGACAAGCUGUUAGUGCGCAUCAUGGAGCAGACGCCCACCUUGCUGCAGGUACGUGGGAGACCCAAAUGACCAGAGUGACCCAUUGUGCCAGAAACGCCUCAUGCUGAACUAAAGUCAUUUGUAACGCUCCAUUAAAUGUCAAAACUGCCAAGUUCAUGUAGACACGAUACAGCUUUGCAUGCUUCCAUAUCCACAAUGAGUUGAAGUUUAGUAUAGCAACUGCUAGUCAAGCUAAAAGCACAAGGCAAGUGGAAAGUUAAAUAAAAAAGUUAAUGUAGUUGUAAAUGGAAUGCACAUACAUAUGUCUUCCGGUUAAAGCUAAGAUAAUUUUCUAAUAUUUCUGGGAUCUGUACUUCAUUAUUGUAUCAUAACGCUUUACAUAAUCUCUCUAAAGUCGCAAAAAUCUGUAAAUGAGAAUAAACACACUGCCUGUAUAAACUGACUUGUAUAGAUGGUCACUAUAACACUUGAAAUGUGUUAUUUCCUCAUUACUAAAAGUAAAGUAUUUGGGAAAACUGAUAUGCUAUUAGCCCUCUGAAAUCUGACCUAUUCUCAGAAAAAUGUUCUAAUUUUGUUUCAGACUUAUUCAAUUAAGUUCACCUGGUAUUAACACUAAUACUUCCAGUAAGUUUUGAAACGUUGGAAAUAUUUAAUACAUACUUUAAGUAAUAUUCUGUACCUGUAAAUAAAUAAUUCUUGAUAGCUUUAAAAAGCACCUUAUAAUACGCAGUAUGCAAAAACCAUAGUGCUUGAGCUAGUCAGCUUUGCCUCAUUGAUAUUACAGAUGUCAGUGCAUGCUCACGGCCAUCAAGCACACGCACUUAAGUAAAUAUUGUCUUGAAAACAUGUAAGAUAUGCAAUAACACUUGCAAGCUAAGCUGUAGCUUAAGUUAAAUUAUGCUACACAAAUAUAUUUAUGAAGCCUUAGCAUUGCAGCGUUCAUAAAUCAUUGCUGAUGUAGCAGAUUUAGUGAAGUAGCAAAUGCCAAAGCUAAACCACAAAAGCUUAAACAAAGCUUUAAAAAGAUGUAUGUUUUAUGUUUUUAUAUUAUAUGUGUGUGGCUUUUGUUUUUUUAUUUAGAUUCAGAAUGUGUUUUAUAUUUUUAGUGGUCCUAAAGCUCUAAGUUUUCCCCCGUGUUUCUGCUGAAGUAAAUUAUGUGAGGUUCUAAGUUUCAUUGCUGGAACUUGAGAAAGUACAGGGUUACAGUUAAUGUUGUGAAGAUUGUUGUUAACUCACUGAGUGUUAAGCUGUGUAAAGUAUUUCACCAACCGUGCAUCCAAAAUGAAAAUCUCAGUUUUCUAGUUUUAGUAUUCCAGUGUGUUUCAGGAGAGAACGAUGUAGCACUGUGAUUUUGGAUUGUGAUGUUAAUUUGCUCUUCUUUUGUCUUUAAUUAUCAUAAUGUUUAUGGAUUUAUUUACAUGCUACAUUCACAUUUGUAUUUUUCUUCCUGUUUUAUUUAUUGCAAUUUUUUUCAAGCAGUUUCAUUUUAAAAGUUAUUUAAAUAAAGUUAUAAAGUAAUUUCUGUG